GCACUUCAGCUGCGCUCCUAUUGGAGUGUAAACAAUAAGGAACUAUUUUCAAAAUCAGGCGUUCAGCUGUUAGCAGCUGUGGAUAUGGGUGGAUUCAGGGGCCUCGGCUGUGACUUUCUGCGGCGGAGGAAGAGAAAUGGUAGCAGCCGACGCUGGGCGAUAAAGAGCAAGAAGCCACUUGGGGCUUCUGCAGUACCAACGGCCCCUGUUCCAGACAACAAAACAAAGGUGGACAUUAUGGAGGAGACAAGUGUUCAAGCCACUAAACAACUGUCUUCAACACUAAGUAUUAGAGCUAUGUUUUCUGCAGUUGGAAGUGUUAUGCAAAAAUGCAGAAAGACAAUUAAUCAAGUCUCUUGUGGAUUCCUGAAUGUCUUCCUCUUCUGGAGGGGCUAUGCAGAAAGAGUGGAAUCCCUUCACCAAAAAGUAGAGGAGCUGCAAAGGGAAAUAUCACACUUGCAAUCCACGUUGAAGCUGUCUCAAGAAGCCAAGAGUGCAGGCGGUCAUUGUGAAAUGCCUGAUGGUGUUCAGCACUCUACACCUCCGACUCUCUCCCUUCCUCCUCCUCCUCCUCCUCCUCCACCACCACCGCCACCUCCUCCUCAAAUUCUGUUGACACUUGCAGCUCCUAAAGUGUCCUUAAUUCCCAAAAAAACUGCACAAACUAGCUCUCUGAAGGAGAAGCAAAAUGGCCCUGUUGCUGUGACUCUUCGAGAUAUUCAAGCAGUGCGAUUAAGAAAAGUGACUGUAGGUCAAAAAACUCAGAUGACUCCAGAGAGAAGAUCACCACUGGUCACACUUGCAGACUUGCAGAAAGUCCGUUUACGACGCUCCAAUUCUAACCUCCCCUUAAAGUUUAGGUCAAGCCUUGGCAGGACACCAACCAAAAAUUCCAUGAAUCUUCGGGUACAGCUCCGAAAAGUCAACUUGAUGAGGAGUCCUGGUGGCACACCGCUGUGUAACAAAGAGAAUGAGGUGAUUGAUUUAAGCCUGGAUCCAAGCCCGACCAAAGGGUUAGGAAACAAGCAUCUGAGUGCUAUAACAAAAGGACUAUCACCAAUCAAGUCUUUCUAAAGAAAGAAACAGACCAUUUUAUUGUUAUUGUACAUUGUGUUUUGCAUGGCCUUUUGUUAAUAGUCUUGUGCUUUUGCUUGUUUUUACAUGUUUACUGUGACUGCUAAUAGCUUCUACUGGUUCUCAUACUGUCAUGUUACUAUAACUAUUUUAGUGACGGGAUAGUAUUUUAUGUUACUUGCUGCUAUGUUAUACUUGUUGCCUGUGAAAUGUGCUUCUUGCUCCUUUUAUAUCAGAACACCCUUUUUUCUGUUUACAAGCAUAAAGAACAACAAAUGCACACUGUAUGAAAAUGUAAUAUGCAUGAGUAUUCUUUGUAUAAUUAGUAGAACUGUGUAAUUAAAUAUGCAGUUCAGUGUCACUGUUGCUGAAUAUGAUUGUGGAAUGUGUGAACUGACUCGACUGUAAAAUAUAGCACUUCAUACUGUGGUGAAGUUUGUACAGAGGUGAGACAAGUCAGUUAUUGAUCCAUAAAUUCAAUACGCCAUUGAUGUCUUAUGUGUGCGGUAAAACUUGAAGCACAACUCAAUGUUUUAUUUCUGUUUUACUGUUUGUUUACAGGUAGUCUUUGAGUGUUACACCAAAGUGAUUUUUCCAUGUCUUAAUGUUUUAUUUUAAGGGUCUUUUGCAAUAUUUUUCUCAAGCCACUUUUAUUUGUAUGUAAAAAAUAUUGCAAUGAAUGCAAAACGUUUAAUAAAUACUGGACCUACACAAA